CCACCCAAACCAUACCAGUUCCAAAACCCACCCAAGGAAGAUGUCCGGAAAGAUCCUGCUAACCGCUUCGUUGCUCCUGUUAGCCGCGGCGUUGUCUCGCGCCCAGGAGGACUACUGCGACUCGUCCCUGUGCGAUCCGGGAGUGCAGAACAUCGGCUGCGGAGCCAAGAACGAGCUGUCUCCGGACUGCAACGAAGGCAAGAAGAUCGACCUGACCGAUGAGUUCAAGAAGGUGAUCCUGGAAGAGCAUAACAACUACCGCAACCAGGUGGCCAAGGGAGAGCUCAGCUGGCUCCCGUCUGCUUCCAACAUGGUUACGAUGGAUUGGGAUGAUGACUUGGCCUACCUGGCGGAGUUGAACGCUAACCGGUGCGAGUUCGAGCACGACAAGUGUCACAACACCAAGAAGUACCCGAACUCCGGGCAGAACAUUGCCUCGUGGGGAACCACUGGGGAUUCGUACGAUGUGAAGGAAACCCUCAAGACCAUGGUCCAGGAGUGGUGGGACGAGCGUCACUUCGCCAAUCCCAAGCUGAUCAAGAAGCUGUGGGGUAAGUACAAGGCGCUGCAUUUCACGAUGUUGGUUCGAGCGAACGCCAGCCGAGUUGGAUGCGGAAUGGUGCAGUACAAGAAGGACGAGUAUCUGUGGGUGCAGCUGAUCUGUAACUAUUCGUACACCAACAUGAUCGGAACCAGCGUGUACAAGGAUGGAAAGCCGUGUUCGGAUUGCAAGUCGGGAUGCGACAGCAAGUACGAUGGAAUGUGCAACAAGGACGAGGCAGUUGAUGUGUCCUAAGGAUUCACGUGGAGCUGUGAAUGAUCGAUACUUGAAACAUGUUUUUCAAGGAAUAAAUGGUGUUGGUGUUACAAA